UGAGAUGGGUCUUCAAAAUUUCAAAAUUUCUAUAUUUCAAAUAAUUUUCACUCCGUUUUGUUGCACAUACGAAAUGCAGCAGAAAUCGAGAGAACAGGGUAGUGGAAUAGUCGGGAAACAAGACACGAAUGUCAAGGAAAUGUGUAGACAUGGGUACGAAAUGGGUCGGGAAAUAGACAUUUGUAUUUUUAAGGAACUGCGUUCGUCUGCAAAACCUAUUGAUAUCUCACUUUAUUGAGGGUUCUGUGAGGAUUGCGAUGGAUAAGGACUUGUUGCCGAAGGUUCUUGAAACAAUGAAAAGAAAGUUGGAACCCGUUGAGGAUUUUUCUGAUGAGGACGACUCUACACCUCUGGUAUUUAAAAGGUUUCCAGCACGUCUGACUGCUAAGCCUAAGGCCCGCAGUGCCUCUUCUGCAGCAGCUGGUGCCACUGCCGCAAAACCUGAGGUGACUGGAUUUGGAUCAGGUAGGAUGUGUAAGUUGGUGAGCCACCAUCAUAAGCUUGAGUGCAAUAGUGGUAUGCAAACUGAAGAGACUACUACUGCUAGCCAGGCUCAGAGGCAGAUGCAUCAAUUCACCUCAACUGUUACGGAGCUGUGCACCGGCUUUGAGACAUUAAAGAAGAAAAAUGAAGAGCUGAGGAAACAAGUAACUUACCUCGAGGAUCAGAUCCAAAAGUGGAAGGAUCAGAAAGCUAGCUGGGAUGUGAAGAAGAAAGAACUUGAGAGGGAGUGUGAUGAAGCUCGGAAAGAAGCACUCACUGCUGUUGGCAAGAAGCGUGAUAUCGAGGAGAAACUGGAGAAGGCUGUCAAAGAGUUAAAUGAUGCCAAAACCUCUGCUAAGAAGGCAAUAUACGAAGCUGUUGCUUCAACUACCAGGUGUUACAAGAAUUGCGUAGGCAAUCUUGUUGCAUCCCUGGGAAAUGGUGAGGGAGAAUCAUUAAAGAACGGUGUGAAGGAGCUCAUUAAGGAAAUUCUCUGUGAUGAUAGGGCCCUAGCUGGUGAGGCAGUUCACGUUGCAAGACAUUCAGGUGAUGAUACUACAAAAGACAAAGCCCGAUAACAAUCACUUAGCCGGGUUUUUUUAGAGAGUGCUGAUUCGCUGAGUUAUUACCUGUGAGCUAAGCAUCUUUUGUUGAUUACAUUUAUCCUAUAGUUCUAAAACUAUGUAAAAAGCCAAGUUGGUCUUCGAUAUGAUCUCAACUAAUUGAGGUAAGAAUAUAAAUCUUUGCAGAUUUUAAUUAGCUAUUACGUGUGAACAUCUUUUGUUAAGUGCAUCUCUUGCACGCUUUCUGGAUUAUGUACUUUGACUAACUACAUGGCUCAGUGAUCUCUGUUUAAGAGAACUAGAUACUGAAAAUGAUUGACUCGGUAGACAAGGGGAUGGGAGUUACUGAUGGGA